AUGGCGACAGCCCAGCAGACCUCGGCGCUGACCAGGGACCUCACGCUGCGCGGCGGGCCGGCCGUCCCCACCACCAUGACGCCGCGCCUGGUGUACGGCACGGCGUGGAAGAAGGACCGCACGGCGGACCUGGUGCAUCAGGCGCUGCGGAGCGGGUUCCGCGGCGUCGACACGGCCGCGCAGCCGCGGCACUACCAGGAGCGGCUGGUGGGCGACGGGGUGCGGCGCGCCGUGGCCGAGGGCGCCGUGGCCCGCCGCGCCGACCUGUUCCUGCAGACCAAGUUCACGUCCGUCGACGGCCAGGACCGCGCCGAUAUGCCGUACGACCCGGCGGCGCCGCUCGAGGCCCAGGUCCACGCCUCGGUGGCCUCGUCGCUGGAGAAUCUUGCGGUGCCGGACGGCGAAGGCGGCGCCCCCUACCUCGACAGCCUAGUGCUGCACUCCCCGCUGCGCACCGUCAAGGACACGCUGACGGUGUGGCGGGCGCUUUCGACGUACGUGCCAGAGAGGAUCCGGCAUCUGGGCAUCGCCAACGCGCCGCUGGGGGUGGUGGAGCUGCUGUUCGAGGCGCCCGACGUUGCUGUCCGGCCAUCCGUAGUGCAGAACCGGUUCUACGGCGACACGGGCUACGAGACGGAGCUGCGGGCCUUCUGCCGCGCGCAGGGCGUCGUGUUCCAGACCUUCUGGACGCUGACGGGCAACCCGCGGCUGCUGCGGAGCGAGGUCGUCGGCGGGCUGGCGCGGGCCGUCGGCGUCGAGAAGGAGGUGGCGUACUAUGCGCUGGUGCUGGGGCUUGAGGGCACGACGAUCCUGGAUGGCACGACCAGCGAGGAGCACAUGGAGGCAGACCUGGAAGGAGUCGAGAAGAUCGGCCGGUGGGCUGAGGGGGAGGGCAAGGAGGUGUGGUUGUCGGCGUUGGGAAAAUUCAAGGAGUUGAUCAAGGAGCAAGAGUAG